AUGACGCACAAAAUGAGCUCCUGUGCGGAAAUUGAAAAGUUGUUCCGUUCAUCUCCAUGGAAACGCGUCAUUUGGACAAAAACCCAGUGGGGGAGGUUUACUCCACAGCAUCCUGCAUCUGCCUUCAUCUUUCACAUCGAUCCGUCUAAAGACAUUGUACCUCAAAACUGGGAGCGACAGGCCGUUGAAAACCUCGGUAGCGCUGAAUAUGUUUGGGGUGCGAAGGAAACGACUAGAUUUGGAACAUCAGAAUCAGGAUCAAAGAUGGGGAGAGAAGGUAGAUACAGAGGUGAAACGAGACAUUCCUGGCAUGCAGACUUUUUCGACGCUAAUGCAGUCCAUGUCAGCUGCAAGGAAGGCCUCAAAGUCGCCCCCCUGCAGCUCUGGGAAAAGUGCUUCGUCUGAGCCAGGGGGCCCAUGGAAUAAAGGCUCACUGUCCUGCCUUCAAGCUAUCUCCAGUGGAACCCAGAGCAUGACUGCAGAGCUGGCACAGAGCAAAGACCCAGCAUCCAGAUGCAAUAAAGUACACCCUGCACGGUAUCACAACAAGCACAGGUGUGAGCAUGUGAGAGACAGAGUAUUAAACGGAUCCACCCAUGGGGAAGCAAACAAGCAAACACAAAGCCAAGACAUCCUGAAGCGCAAGAACAAGAUGAAACACCUUUUCAGCAAAACAAACAUCGAGGAGAUCAUAGACUCUGAGCGUCUCUCCAGUGCUGAGACUCUGGGCAACUUCCUGGGAGGUACCACCACUGUCCCACAUCUUUCCACAUUUGAUAUACUGUCCAGUGAAACUGAAGAGGAGGAGGGAGAUGAUGGCGUAUCAGCCUCCUGGCAGGACACAUACAGAGAGAGUGAUUGGAUCCCCUUUCCGAGGACAGUUUCUCAGUCAAGCUCAGCCUCCACUACCCUCUCUCACAGCGCUCACAGCCUACAUAGCCUGCAGUCUUUCAGUUCACAGUUAAGCACAUCAACAACUUCAGGUGAAGCACCUGAUGGAUACAGUCUCACUCCUUUCCUGGAGCAACCUCCUGUGGCACCACCGCCACCUACCACUGACAGAGUCAGUAGGGGCUUAGUGGCUUUGUGGCAACAUCUCCCUAAACUUCAAAUCAGCUGGCGAACAUCACAGACAAGCCUGGCCUCUUCACCCAGGUCUAGCUUCUGUCAGAGGCACUCUACUCUGGUCAACAGGGAGGAGGACGCUGUUCAGAAAGGAACCAGUACCACUGACACAUUGCAGUCUUCGAAUGAGACCUGUGGUCCAAGUGCCUCCGGGCAGCUAGAUAAUAAGUUUGGUGAUAUCGAAGAGCCACACAUUCAAGAAUGUCAAGAAGCCCAGGGAGGAGCCACUGCUACUCAAAACGCCCAGUCUCUAAAAGACAGCAACAAGGAGAUUGUAUGCAGACCCAAACGCAGGUUAUUAUUUGAGUUAUCUAAUGAGGAGGAAGAGGACCAGUGUCGGAUCUGCCACAGCGGCGGUGGUUCACCAACCAACCCACUGCUAUCACCCUGCCUGUGCUCAGGAAGUAUGCAGUUCAUUCACCUCGACUGCCUGAAGAAAUGGAUCCAGACAAAAAUCCAGUCAGGGUCACGACUCCAUGUUGUCAAAAGAUGUGAACUUUGUAUGGGGGGGCUAACACUGGACCCGAAUACAUUUGACUUGGAUGAUUAUUACAGAAGACAUCACGAACAGCAACAGGUGGACAUGACUGAACUGUAUAAUCUCCAAGAAGUAGCUGAAGUGUUGAGCUUCAGGUCAUUGCUCUCCAGAUCUUUACUGCCAGCAAUGGUGACACCUUCCUGGCCAGUCCCCAGGAUUCGGAUAUGGGCAUUGUUUCCAUACCAAAUGAGGAUGAGACUCAGGAGAAUCAGAGAGAGGAACUCCUCACCAGAGACAACUGUCACUUGAUCUUCUUGGCUAAUGUGGAACUGAAUACAUGAGUAUUACAAUAAACCACCAUACAUCUAA